CCUAAAUAUUUUAUAAAAAUCGUAUGCAGAACGGUUUUAAACUUAGUAUUGUCCUAGUGCAUCUUCACUAUUUUGGUUCUUUAAAUUGAGAGCUAAGUAUCUAGUAGAGGACGCGAUCUGAAUUCAGCUAGAAAGUGAACUAACAAGGUACCGAAUUCGGAGUGAAGUUGCACUAUAAGAGAAUUGUACGAUGAGCUUCAAAGACGUCAUCCAAACGCUCUGAUAACCCCAAACUUAUACAGCUUACAUAACGCAAACAACCAUGGCCUCCGACGGGGCAACAUAUGACUCCAAUGAAACUGGAUCAUGGCUUGUCUGCACAGCGUGCGGGACUCAAUUUCCUACCUCGGACAGGGAGAAAACAAAGACAUGCUUCAUCUGCGACGACCCGCGGCAAUUCACACCGCAGACCGGACAAGCCUUCACAACUCUGAACGAGAUCAGAUCGCGUGCGAAAAACACGUGGACACCAUUCAAAGGCGACAGCAGAUUCAUAUCCAUUGUCACGGAGCCCAAAGUGGGCAUCGGGCAGCGUGCCAUCCUCAUCAAGACCCCUAAAGGCAAUGUGCUUUGGGACUGCAUCACUCUCCUCGACGAAGAGACAAUAGCUAAGAUCAGGGGGUUGGGCGGUUUAAAAGCUAUUGUGAUUUCUCAUCCCCACUAUUAUACCACGCACGUCGAGUGGGCGAAAGCCUUUGACUGCCCCGUAUAUUUGGCGAAAGAGGACAAAGAGUGGACGACGCAAAGUUCGGCGCACCAGGUCUUCGUGGAGGACACGGAGCUUGAUAUAAAAAUCGACGGCGAACCUUCCGGGGUUAAGGCUCUUAAGCUCGGGGGCCAUUUCCCGGGAUCAUUUGUAGCGCUGUAUGAUGAGCAUCUUCUAAUCGCCGACACGCUAGUCUCGACUCCUUCGGGGCUAGGUAGCUGGGAUACCGAUGCUGUGGGUGUUGCGCGCACCCGACCGAAGGGAAUGAAUAGCUACUCGUUCAUGUGGAGCAUUCCGAACAUGAUCCCGCUACGCCCGAGUGAGCUGGAGAGAAUGUGGGGUAUACUGAAGAAAUACGAUUUCAGCAGCACGCAUGGGGCGUUUUUAGGGGCGGAUAUCGUUAAGACAGUGCCAGAGAUGAAGCAGAGGGUGCUGGAGAGUAUGCAGAUUCAGAUACGGUAUAUGGGAUACGAUGAGCAUGCGUUCUUGAAUGAGACAGUAGGUUAAGGUAUGGCUAAAGAUAAAGACCAAAUGGAUU